AUGGAUAGUGGGGGCGGGCGUGCGUGGCGGUUGUGCGACAUGGCGGAACCUGUGAGACAGGUUCUGAGGCCCAGAGGUGGUGGGGUCGGCCGAAGGUCUCGGGGUGGCCGCGGCGGCCGGCGCGGCCGCGGCGGCCGGGGCGGCCGGGCUGGGCGUCCUCGCGCUCAGCGGUCUCCAGCUGGGCGCACUGUGGAUACAAUGCUUGUGGACUUGGUCAGCGAUAGUGAUGAGGAUGUUCUGGAGGUGGCCACCGCGCGGGAUGCAGCGGACCCUGUUGAGGUCCAGUCUUCGGAGUCCCGGGUCUCUGCUACGCUCCGGGACGACAGCGACAGCGAUGGGGCGGACGCGCGGUCCUUAGAAGCCCCGCGGACGCUAGUCAGGCGGCGGCGACCACUGCUGCUGGACCCGGGGGAGGCGCCGGUCGUUCCGGUGUAUUCCGGGAAGGUAGAAAGCAGUUUCCAUCCCAUCCCCGACCCCCUGUCUCUCCUGAAACUCUACCCGGAAGGUGCUGAGGAAGAGGCAGAUAUAGCAGAUUCCAGCAGUCCUCACCCUGAGGAUCCCCCAUUUCCAAGCUCUCCGUGGAAGCUGAGGAGUAAGGAUGAGAAAGAAGAGAAGAAAAAGGAGGUGUUAAUGGUUUCGGACACUUCUCCUUUGCCCUCACCUCCACCAAGAAGUAAAAGCAAGAAGCAUACUCGGGCACUCCAGAAGUUAAGGGAGGUGAACAAACGCCUCCAGGAUCUCCGAUCUUGCCUGAGCCCCAAGCAGCAUCAGGGCCGAGACUUCCAGAGCCAAGAUGAUGACGUAGUCCUCGUAGAGGGGCCUGUCCUCCCAGAGAACCCCCGGCUUUUCCCUCUCAAAGUUCGCUGCCGGGCUGACGUGGUCAGACUGCCCAUCAGAAUGUCGGAGCCCUUUCAGAGUGUAGUGGACCAUAUGGCCUCUCAUCUUGGGGUAUCCCCAAGCAGGAUCCUCUUGCUCUUUGGAGAGACAGAGCUGUCCCCUGCUGCCACCCCUAGGACCUUAAAACUUGGAGUGGCUGAUAUCAUUGACUGUGUGGUGUUGGCAAGUUCCUCAGAAGAUGCAGAGGUUUCUCAACAGCUGCGGCUCCGGGUGCAGGGGAAAGAGAAACACCAAAUGCUGGAGAUCUCACUAUCUCAAGAUUCUCCUCUCAAGACCCUCAUGUCACACUAUGCGGAGGCCAUGGGACUGUCUGGACACAAACUCUCCUUCUUCUUUGAUGGGACAAAGCUUUCAGGCAAGGAGCUACCAGCUGAUCUGGGCAUGGAAUCUGGGGACGUCAUAGAGGUCUGGGCCUGAAACCCCAUUCCCUGUUUGGAGGCCCAGCCAGGACUUAGAACUCCUCCUCCUUUUUUGGCCCUGUAAAAACAACUUGAGGCAGAAUUUAUUUUUAAGCAGAGUCAAAAGCAAGGGGGGACCUUGGACCCUAUCUCCUGUUAACCUGGCCUCAAGCCAUUAACCACUAGGUUAGGUGGAUGGUGGUUGUGCUGCUGUAAGCAGCCUAUGGCACCAUGCACAUGUCAUGCUGAGUUUCUAGCCCACCUGUGCCCUUGAACUUCCGUUACUGCCCUUGGCUUCACUGAAAUGACUUCUAUGAAACUUUGCUCAUAUUUAAAGAGUUGAAAUAAAUGAGGGUGGGGAAUGGGUUUCUAGAUCUGGGAUUUACAUCACACUGAGGACCAACAGUGGCCUUAUUCUCACUUUGCGGCUGAGCGUGCUGGAGGCAUGUGCAAUGGCUGGCUCCUUAGCAUGCAGCGAGUGAGUGAGCAAGUGCACGGAUCCUGUAGUUUAAGAACAGGUAGACAGAAUAUUCUUUUGAAGGGUAGGGGAAUCUCAGCCCUAAGCAUCUUUUCAAUCCCAGGACCCUUCAUUGUCACCCUUUUUGGUGCACGUAUUUAAGUUUUGUUUUGGAUCUUGGGUAUAUAGUCUCAUGCAAGAAUUCUCUGUUUUGAAUUCCCCUUCCUUAUACCAUCCUCUUCCAUCAACAUCCCAUUUAAUAUAUUUAUUACACAUUUGAAUAUGAAUGUUUUUAAAAGUUAGAGUAUUUUAUGGGUAAAUGGUAUUGUGCAAUAGAUCUAAUUCUGUUUUCACCCACCAUAUGUGAAGCUCUAGCCCUGCUGCUUAGUGUGACCUGUCAUUACUCUGAACUGCUUUCGUGGUACUCCACAGGGACGUCAACCACAUUUUAUUCACACGAAGCCUUAAGCGGUUGACACCUGAGUGUCUCCAAUGCCUUGGCAUUGUAUCCAAGGCCACGAUGAACAUUCUUUUCUGGGGCCCCUUCUGUGCUUCAUGAACAGGGUUGUAGCCUGUGUACCCAGGAGAGGAUUAUGGGUCAUACAGGUCCAUUUCUCUGGCUUCCCAGGUUUGUCCUCAGAGUGGGGAUUGACACUCCCACUUGAAGUUUCCAUUUCUUCUCACCCUUAGCAGCAAUGGAUGUCUCCCAGCUUUCUGAUUUUGGCUAAUUUGAUGAGCAUAAAGUGAUGCCAUGUUUUAAUGUACAUUCUUUUGAUCAUCAUUAAUUUAGGUACAUUAUUUUUAAAGCUGGGCAUAGUAUAGCGCACCUGGAAUCCCAGCACUGUGGAGACUAAGGAAGAAUUUAUACAUUUUUUCAAUUUAGUGAGCCUCUAGAAUAAAAAAUAAAAAAGGACUGGGGACAUAGCUCAAUGCUAAGGCCCUCAGUUCAAUCCCCAGUACUGCCAAAACCAACCAACCAACCAACCAACCAAACAACAAAAAAAUGAGUUUUUAAAAUGUAUUUGUCAGCCUUUCUGAUUUUUCUUGUUGUGAAUUGCUGAUUUCCUCAUGGAGUUUCCUUUUCUUGUAUUUGUUUAUUCUGAGGAGUUGCUUGUGUACUCUUGGGUGAUUGCAAAUAAAUCCUAGAAUGGCACUUUGUGUAUGUAAAGGUAUCUUUCACUGAACAGUCUUGAUUUUAACGUAAACAAAUUAACCAUUUUGUUAUAAAGUUUGUGCUUUUUACCAUCUUAUUUAGAGCUAGUUAAAAGCUGUUGUCAGUUUCUUCUGUUAGCUUGGUGUUUUUCCUCUCCUAUUUAGCCACUAAAUAGGACUGAAGUCCAGUUGGAACACAUUGGUGUGGAUGGGGCAGCAGCUGUUCUGUGUGUCAAGUACUUGGUCCUCACUGGUCAAUACCUGACUAUACUGGCUGCUAGACACCAAGCGUCACUUUACAUGAUUUAAAAUGCAUCUCUGUAUGUGAGAUCAUUUUUUUUUUCAAUCUAACAAGCCAGUUUUGUCUACUAAAAAUGUCAUGAAUCAUCCACCAGUAGUGGUAUAAUUUUAGCAAAAGUAUGUCAGCUUCAUGAAAAUAUUUUAUUGGAACUUGGCAUUCCUUUGAAUUUUAUUUUAUUUUUUACUUUGAAUUUUAUAACAUUUAACUAGUUCAUGAUAUGUCAUAGCUGUUCAUAUUUUCAGAUCUUUUAUGCCCACUAAUAAGUUUGUAUACAUUAAGAUUAUGUAUUCAAUCUCAUCAAAAUAAAUGGCAAUACAUUCAACCUA